AUGCACUCUCCAAUCCCGCGCAAAAUCCGCAACGCGCAGGAAUUCGUGCCAGUCGCUAUCGAAGCCACAGAGGUGCUGGAGGACAACGGCGUGGACGAGGUGGUACGAGUGGCGCAUUUCAAGGGGGGACUGAAGGUGAGGGAAUUUUUUAGGAGUUAUUGGCCGGUUAGGGUCGAUUUCUGGCAGCCGAACGGUGCGGUCUUCACCAAUACCAUCUCUGAUGGACCUAAUGGAGAGAACGACUUUUGGAUGACGUAUACGUUCGAGUGGAGGUAUCCGGAUGUUAGGGAGGGGAGUGAGGAGUAUGUGCAGUUGUUGAAGAAGCAUGUGGAGGAUGCGAGGAUUGGAGUGCUGUCGUCAAUUGAGAGGCUGAGGGUGAUGGGUGCUGCUGGAGAACUUGAUUGA